UUCGAAGCUAUGAAUAAAAUACCGUGAAAAAAGUUUAUACAAACGUACUUUUGUUGUGGUAUUGAUAACAUCUGUUUCAAUACGAGAAUUUUGCUUUUCCACCGCCACAUGUUAACAGCAUUACAACAUUGAUCAUUAUUUUAAAAACAACAUUAUCCAAAAUGAAAGCGAGUUUAGAUAAUUAAAAAGAUAAACAGCACUCUGUGGAAAAUGUGUUUGUUAUAUAGACAGCUAUUUGUUUAUUAUUUUGUUGCAAGCGGCUGUUUAAGACGGAAGGGAUAGCAGCUUAUACUGGAAGUUAAUUAAUUAGAAGAUGAGCUAAUAUCUUCAUGAAGAAUGACGGCUAUUUCACAAUGUUUAGAUGAAGAACUUGAAUCAACAAAAUCGCAGUGCUUUGUUUCUAGAGAUAUUGCCCAUACCAAUAAAUGUACAGAAGGAUGGAGGUACGGUACUUGUAUUUUGCGAUCACACUCUGGUGUAUAGGAUUAGAUUUUAAAUUACUUAUAUAUAAGCCACAUUUAGAGCAAAACAGCAGACAGUCUAUGGUAGUUAACAGAAUUAUAGAGAUAAAGUCAAAGGUGAAUUUCGAAGCAAUUGAGGAAAGAAAUACGCAAAGGAUUCAAACUUUGAGGACAUCCUGUAAAGCUUUAGGUUAUUUAGGAGACUAUUCAAGUGGAAUUUCUACAUCUGUGAUUUCCGGUAUACGAGCACAUAUUUCCCCGGCUUUAGAUGUUUUGUUUUGCCGCGUGAAUAAAUGCGGUUCCACUUUAGCAUUAGAAGUUAUGAGGCGCGUGUUUGACUGUGACACUGAUUGUCUCGUGGAUAUAGCAAUGAAUGUCAAAAGUAGCAGAGAACUGGCAAGAAAAGUUUUCGAAAAAGCAUUUUCGUUUAUGAUUGCCCGCGAGCCUUAUGGUCGUUUAUUUUCCUCUUAUGGAAACCUUUUCUACUUGCCAAAGGAAGAUUGGAUUUCUAGAGCGGUAAAAAUAAUAAAACAAGUAAGAAAACAUCCCUCUGAAGAGAGCCUACAAUUCGGUCAUGAUCUUACAUUUUUUGAACUCAUUAAAUACAUUGUGCACAACUACGAAAAUGAUUCAUACAUUGACCCACAUGUACGGCCAAUGCAUCACGCAUCAUGCAACCCAUGUUCGUAUAGAUUUGAUUUCUUAGCUAAAAUAGAAACUUUAUCGUCUGAUUUAGAAUAUCUAUUACACGAUUGGCAUUCAAAACAUGUAAUAAAUGAAUACCCAUCAAACAUCAUUGCAGAUGUCAAAGACUGGACAACUUGGGGCCCGCUGAAGCAUUUCUAUAGUACGAUAAAUCUGACAGUUAAUUCAAGUAUUCCUUUAAAUAAAAUGUACCUUAGGACGUGGACAUAUUAUCAAAUGAAAGGCCUUGUUUCUAAACAGAUUGACAUGCCAUUCCGCGAUUCUGAACUUUGGUAUAUAGAUUUCAAUAUUUAUCGCAGAAUACUGACCAAUGCAAUGAAAUUGUCUGAAUCAGACAGGAAAAACGUUGAAAAUCAGCGGCUAGAAGCGAUGAAACAGGCCUAUUCGACUGUUCCAAUGGAAUAUAUGGAAAGACUGGUCAAUGUUGUGAAAGACGACUGUUUGCUAUUUGGCUAUGAAGAGAGACCUGCAUUUUUAUUUGACAGAUCGACUGAAGAUAAAACUGACUUUGAUUAUUUCAAAGCGUUGUAGCAUUAUGUCACACUAGUUUAACGUUUGAACAGGACUGUUGAUAUAACUGUGAUUUCUCUAAUGAUACAGUAGACAACGGUUCAUUUAUAUAAUGCUUGAAAACAGUAUUACAAUAUAACACUUC